AUCUUGCGCCUAUCCUUUUCCAGCGAAGGAAAAGAAAGAAAAAACAAAUCAAAAGGGAGGUGAGACCGGUUGAAAGCUGAAACCCUCCUCACUUCCACGCCUCUCUUUCCUUUCCACACAUAAGCUAGCUCCCCAUACUCUCACACCCCAUGUCUUCUGGAGGAGGAGGAGGAGGAGGAGGAGAUCGCCAUGGCCCCUACCACCAGCACGGGCACCUCGGCCGCGGCGAAGGCGCUGAUUACGUGUACAGCAGCAGCGACAUGGAGAGCUUCUUCUUCAGCCAACCCGGGGGCGUCGGCAUCGGCGGGGGUGGUGGUGGCGUCGUCGGCGCCGGCGGUGCCGACGAGAUCAUGCCGUACUCCAGCAUCACGGACUACCUGCAGGGGUUAUUGGACCCCUCCGGGCUAGCUCGGCACCUCGACGUGGCGUGCCCGUCGUCUCAGGACACGGUGGUCAAGCAGGAGCUGUCGGUGGAUGUGACGAGCCACGACAGCCAGGGCACCGGCGGCGUCGCCGGAGAAGGCGUCGCGCAGGCCACGCCGAACUCGUCGGCGUCCUUCUCGUCCAGCGACGGAGAGGCGGAGGGCGGCAAAUCGUCACGCCGGUGCAAGAAGGGUCAGGCGAAGGCGGAGGAGGAGGACGACAAGGAUGAGGAGGAUGGAGAGAACUCCAAGAAACCGAACAAGCCCAAGAAGAAAGCUGAGAAGAGGCAGCGGCAGCCUCGCGUGGCGUUCCUCACCAAGAGCGAGGUUGAUCACCUCGAGGACGGCUACCGGUGGCGCAAGUACGGCCAGAAGGCAGUCAAGAACAGCCCAUACCCGAGGAGCUACUACCGGUGCACGACGCCCAAGUGCGGUGUGAAGAAGCGGGUGGAGCGGUCGUACCAGGACCCCUCCACGGUGAUCACCACGUACGAAGGGCAGCACACGCACCACAGCCCGGCGAGCCUCCGCGGCGGCGGCGGCGGCGUCGGCAUCGUCGGAGGGCACCACCACCACCACCUCUUCAUGCCCGGCGUGCAUGGCCUGCCGCCGUCGCACCUCAUGCCGGCGGGGUUCCACCCUGAGCUGAUGGGCCUCAUGCACCACCACCCGGCCAUGGCCGCCGCCGCCGCAAACCCUAGCAUGUACUUCCCGGGCGUAGCUGCUUCUGCUCCGCCGCCUCCUGCUGUGGCUGGCGGCGGUGCAAUGCCGCCCAACGAUCAUCCUCCUCUUCAGCAGCAUCACUUCACUGACUACGCCCUGCUGCAAGACCUUUUCCCUUCCACAAUGCCCAGCAGCAACCCAUGAUGAUGACUGAUCUAACUGAUUCUGCACAAAUAUAUACUACUCAAUAUUUAACUAGCACCCGGAAUUUAUCAAGAUGCUUUUCAAACAUUGGAGUCGUUGCGCCAAAAAUGUGAUGGCUAGGGAGUGCUUGAUGAUCAGCUUGGUCUUGGUGAGAAUAUAUAAUUGUUAUUAAUUAAUUGAUUUUCUGCAAGCUUUUCAUCUUGAACGUAACUUGUGUGUGUUGUGCACUUCAUGCUUUUUUCUCUCUUCCAUUUGUCAACAUUUCCCUGGUUGCAAAUUGAACGGAUCAGUAGAGAUGGAAGCUACAACUUUAUAACUAGAACGGCUGCAUUCCACUUGAUUCUUCAGCAUAGCCCUUUACUGUUCUGCACCUCUAGACUUAUUGUACAUGCAUGUACUAGUGUAUAUCAUGUGUACCUCAUUGACUCAUUUUCGGAGAGAGCAAAUUAAUUAAUAUUUCGUCUCACAUUUUCGCUUUUGACAAUCAAAGAAGAUGCCAACUUAUUAUACAUGAUCGACCCGCUUUUGGUUGUUAGAUUGUACAAAUUAAUGACGGGUGUGUAGUUUCUUUUGUGCCUACAUAUAUGUAUAAAUCUGGAAUUAAUACACAAUGACGGUGCAAAA